AUGGCACCCGAGAUGGCGAACACUUUUCCUCACAACAUCCAAAUCUCAACUAUGGAACCGUUCUUAUGCUUCUUAUCUGGUAUCGUCAUCAGCCAGUUCUUGCGGUUCUGUGUAGUACGGAAAACCGACGCGAGGAAGGAUGGGUGUGUCAAAGCUCUUGCUAGAGUUUCGUUUGGACUUCAUCUUCUUCAAGUCGCGGCAGAGAUCUGGAUCUUAUAUGCCUCUUUAGUAUCGCAAAAUGUCGGGAAAAUCAAUAGUAAUUAUAUUUUCGAAGCCAUUCGGACGGGCUUCACACUCUGUGUGGCUUUGAUGGUUCAAAUUCACUUCUCGCGCAUUGCUUAUGCACUUCUCAAAAACUCCAAAACCUGGGUGAUCAUUGCUUCUAUCCUGGGACUCUUGACUUGUGGUGGAGGUAUAGGAACAAUUACUCUCUUCCUACUUGAAUCUGUGAAAGAAGCUGAGGAAGUUGGACAUAGAGCUCAGUUAGGUGGAGAAUUGACGGGCUUUUACUUAGCCUGGCUCACGGCUGCUUUAGCUUUCAAUGUUACCAUAAGCUCGGUCAUCAUUUCAGCACUUCACUUACAAACAAGGUCGGGACUUAAGAAAACAACGAGGGAGAUCACGUUUCGAUUGAUGGCUUUGACAAUGGAGACUUUUGCUCUGGCUUCGAUUACCGCUCUUCUUUCAAUUAUCUUUGUUUCCUUUGGAAGCUUUGUGGACACCAGAAGCAGACCUCAUUCAAUUGACUUCGAGAGCUGUGUCGCUUCGUGGGCGUUACCUGGUGAAGAACUAAUUGAAGCCUAG